AUGAAGGUGGAGAAUAGCAAGAUGGAGGUGAAGCGAGAGCAGAGCUACUCCAAUGAAGAUGAGGAGAUCAACGAGGAGGACCUGAACUGGUGGGAGCAGGAAAACCUCCGUAUCGCCAUGAAGGGCGAGCGUCGCUGGGAGACGCUGGCCCACAAUGGCGUCCUUUUUCCACCCGAGUACGAGCCCCACGGCAUCCCCAUCUUCUACGAUGGACGCGAGUUUAAGAUGACGCCGGAGGAAGAAGAGGUGGCGACAAUGUUCGCCGUGAUGAAGGAGCACGACUACUACCGCAUGGAGGUGUUCCGGCGCAACUUCUUCGAAAGCUGGCGCGAGAUCCUGGGCAAGCGCCAGCACCCCAUCCGUCGCCUGGAGCUCUGCGACUUCGAGCCCAUUUAUCAGUGGUACCUCGUCCAGCGGGAAAAGAAGCUCAGCCGGACGAAAGAAGAGAAGAAGGCCAUCAAGGAGAAGCAGGACGCGGAGGCAGAGCCGUACCGCUACUGCGUGUGGGACGGACGUCGCGAGCAGGUGGCGAAUUUCCGCGUGGAGCCGCCGGGCCUAUUCCGCGGACGCGGCAAGCACCCGCUAAUGGGCAAGCUGAAGGUGCGCGUGCAGCCGGAGGACAUCACAAUCAAUAUUGGCGAGACGGCCGAGGUGCCGGUGCCGCCUGCGGGGCACAAAUGGGCUGCGGUGCAGCACGACCACACCGUGACGUGGCUCGCCAUGUGGCGCGACAACGUGGCUGGCAACAUGAAGUACGUCAUGCUUGCCCCGUCUUCCAGUGUCAAGGGACAGUCUGACAUGGUGAAGUUCGAGAAGGCGCGCAAGCUCAAGGACAAAGUGGAUGACAUUCGCGCAUCCUACAUGGAGGCUUUCAAAUCCAAUGAUUUGCACGUGGCGCAGCGGGCCGUCGCCAUGUACUUUAUUGACCGUCUCGCCCUCCGCGUUGGUAAUGAGAAGGGCGAGGACGAGGCGGAUACGGUGGGUUGCUGCUCGCUGCGUGUGGAGCACAUCCAGCUCAUGCCGGACAACAUCGUGCGGUUCGACUUCCUGGGCAAGGACUCGAUCCGUUACCAGAACGAUGUGGCGGUGCUACCGGAGGUGUACGCACUACUGCAGCGUUUCACUUGUCGUAAGUCGCCGGGCAUGGACAUCUUCGAUCAGCUCAACCCCACGCAGCUGAAUGACCACCUCAAGUCCUUCAUGGACGGCCUCUCUGCCAAGGUGUUCCGUACCUACAAUGCCUCCAUCACCCUCGAUCGGUGGUUCAAAGAAAAACCAGUCGACCCCAAAUGGUCCACCGCGGACAAGCUGGCCUACUUCAACAAGGCGAACACCGAGGUGGCCAUUCUGUGCAACCAUCAAAAGUCCGUCUCGAAGAACUUCAAGUUGCAGAUGAUGCAGCUGACCACCAAGUCCGAGUACACCCGCAAGACGCUUGAGCUCCUGGAGAAGGCGGAGGUGACCGCCAAGAAGAAGUCGGUCGAGGAGGCCGCGAAGGAGUUUCUGGAGGAGCAGGACCGCAUGCAGCGCGAGUGGCUCGAGAGCUACGGCACGGAGGAGCAGAAGAAGGAGUUCGAGGAGAUCGUGGCAAAGCGUGCGGCGCCGCGCGUGCGGUCUGAGAAGAAAUCCUCGUCGGGCACCAAGAAGGCCAAGUCCGCAUCUGGGAAGACGAGGGCCGCCACAAAGAAGAAGUCGGCCAAGAAGAGCGGAAAGGCGUCGAGCAAGAAGGCAGCACGCAAGUCGUCCAAGAAGGCGCCGAAGAGGUCGAAGGAGGAAGACGAGGACGACGUGCCGCUCAUGAGCAUGGCAGCCAAGACGAAGAAGACGGCUGGCGUCAAGCGGCAGCGCGCCGUCAAGGUGGCCAGUGACGACGAUGAUGUGCCUCUUGCAGCUUUGAGGGUGUAG